GAUCACGUCGCAGCAGCCGCAGCGGCAAUACGCCAGAACGCUCGCGUGAGUUGUGUGUGUGCGUGGUGUUCGGCGCGCCGGUCGGAGAGUCUCGAAACGGUGGUUGUCGAAGAGGCAUCGCAUCGAAGGGCGAAGGAUGGACAAGAACGGGGCCAAGUUUCGCAGCCCGUUCGGAAGGCCGCACAUGGCCACUAGCGGCGCCGCUUUGGCAGCAUCGUCAUUCCUGCCGUCGCAGAAGACUACCAAAGGAAUUGUCGCCGGUGGCAUCACAGGUGGCAUAGAAAUCUGCAUCACUUUCCCCACCGAGUACGUGAAGACACAGCUGCAACUGGACGAACGGUCGGCAAAGCCUCGGUACAAUGGCAUUGCGGAUGUUGUGCGCCAGACGGUGCGAUCACACGGCGUCACGGGGCUCUACCGGGGCCUUAGCGUGCUCGUCUACGGAUCCGUACCAAAGUCGGCAGUCAGGUUUGGGGCAUUCGAGGCCCUGAAGAAGCGCAGCGUCGACUCGCGGGGCAAUCUUUCUCCACAAAUGCGGCUGCUGUGCGGACUGGGUGCAGGUGUCUCGGAGGCCAUCCUGGCUGUCACACCCAUGGAGACAAUCAAGGUCAAGUUCAUCAACGAUCAGGCCUCCGCCAACCCCAAGUACAAGGGAUUCUUCCACGGCGUACGCGAGAUUGUCCGCACUGAGGGCAUCAAGGGCACGUAUCAGGGGCUCACAGCCACAAUCAUGAAACAGGGCAGCAACCAGGCAAUUCGCUUCUUUGUCAUGGAAACGCUCAAGGACUGGUAUCGGGGUGGGGAUCCCACCAAACCGGUCAACAAGCUGGUGGUCGGCAUGUUUGGUGCCGUUGCCGGUGCUGCCUCUGUCUUUGGCAACACUCCUAUCGAUGUGGUCAAGACACGCAUGCAGGGCCUGGAUGCGCACAAGUACAAGAACACGCUUGACUGCAUGCUGCAGAUUGCCAGGAAUGAGGGCUUCCCUGCCUUCUACAAGGGCACGAUUCCACGCCUGAGCCGUGUCUGCCUUGACGUUGCCAUCACAUUUAUGAUCUACGACUCCUUCAUGGACCUCUUUAACAAGAUCUGGACGACGAGCUAAGCGGCUCCUUCCGAGCAAAACACUCAUUCACACAAACAUGCACAUGUAUUCAACAUAAACCUUGCUGACUUGACAGUUCUGAGCCCUUUCUUUUGCUUUUCGUUUUCUUGUCAUCGCUCUUUGGUUUCUAGUGAUGUUGUAUCUACCCGGUGAUGCUCCCAUGAACUUGCUUUCAGCAAAGCGUGAACAUGAAUAGUAUGUGUAUUUGUUUUACUGCUUGAAGUGCUUUGUUGCCAGUUGGACAUUUGCGAGUUUAUUUUGGAACAUCGAUGGUAGUAUCGCUGUUAGGACAAUGAUUCUUUGUUUUCUGCUUAUAGCUUUUUUUUUUCUGUAGCAUGCAAAGAUUCCAUGCUUAUCCAUUGCAUCUCAAGGCCCACCCUAAUCAGACAAGGCAUUCUGACCAGGACGUAUUUAGUGAGGUUUCGGCUUAAGUUUUCAGUACUUUGUUGUGUGUGGCAUGUGUAAAAGCUGGAAACCGCUAAUACGAUACAUCUCGGGAUUCCUGGUGUGCAGUUUCGGUGCAGUUGCCAUUUUAACCUGGUGGUGUCAAGCGAACCUCGUACACCUAUUCAUCUGUUACACUGACGAAUAGAUCGGGCCACCUUUCAUUCGUCAUACGUGCAGUGUAACAUCACGAGAUAAUGGAGAACAUUGUAAUUUGCAUUUUUACAUCAUGGUGACAAAACCUUGCUUUUUCCUCACAACGGUGGAUGCAUUUGUGAGAGGAGUAGAUACCGUCUCCAUCACGUUGAUGAAUAUUCUGGAUAUUCGAUUGAUGGUAUUCAAGAUCACACCAACAUAUCACUGGUGCCAUUGAAAAAAAGAGGCAUUGCGUGCCUUCUUUAAUUUUCUAUAUUUCUUUCAAGGAAGUGAAGAAGGCACCAGGUUUGCACAUCUGUCGCGUGUACGAGAAUAGUCUUUUUUACAUCGUCUUGAGAAUUUUGGAGGCCUCACAUGGUGCCUAUGUCUUUGUUUGUUUUGUUCCGUAUGGAAGUUUUCUUUUUUUCCAAUAUUGUUUCACUUAAUUAUUUUUUUAUUGUGGCACUUUCAGCUGUAGUCCGGGAUCUUUAUAAUUUCAGUUGUUCUGUUAUGAUGGUUGCAAUCAUUGUAUUAAUAUUUCCAUUUAGUAAACAGCUGUGAUUGCCCAUUCUGGGACCAUGGUCUUCCUAGCCAGCAUUUACUGCGUGUUGAAGAGUGGGCACUGCAAUACUAUUCCAGUUGAAUAAGCCACUGUUUGAAUUGGAUGACUGCAUUGCUUUUUGAUCACUUCGUGCUUGCAGUGGUUGCUUUCUUAGUUUAUUUUUUGUGUUGCCCUCUUUACAGACUGAUUUAUCAUUUCGUUACAUAUUUUGGGAACAGCUUUAUUUUUUCUCAGAGCUUGUUUGAAAGCUACAUUCCAGCUGGAACGGCAUGGCUUAUGAACCUACACAACUUGUCGUUCAGCCUAGGUUUACUUUGCAUCUGUAGUUAACCUGUGCCUCGUGGUUCCACAGCAGACUCUCGAUAAUUCAAGCUU